CUCGCUCGGAAGCAGCGGUGUUGUUUGGGGAUGGAAGGGGAGCAGGCUGCGGGAGCAGAGGGGGAAGGUUUUUCGGGGCGGAUAGGGCAAGAGCCUGUCUAGAUGCUAGCGAGGAAGGUUCCAACCGCUCGGGCGAUCGGAGGGCAGGAAGGAAGAAAGGCAAGCAGAAACUCAGCCAGAGACGGACACUGCGAGGGACAAAAGGGGCGUGAGAGACCGCGCCAGGCAGCGAGGCGGGGUGGCGGACGGGAGGUGCGCGAGGUGAGGGAGGUGUGGGGGGCGUGGGCCGCGGGAUGCGACGCCCGCUCCGACUGAGCUCCAGCUCCGGUUUUUCCCUCCACCAUGCUCUCCCCCUCCCCGCCUCUCCUUUAACUCCCCCCUCCUGGGCUCGGGACUGGUUUCCUCCCUUAGCCUGCUGCCCUCAAUCCCGGCGAGGCUGGGGCUCCGGCUCGGUGUCCCCUUCCUCGCUGCCUUGUCCGGCACCCCAUGCCGCCCCCGCCCGCUCCUCGGCUCCCCAUGCCCCCCACGUAGCCGGGCGCACAAAUCCCGAGGUGCUGGCGCGUGGGCUGGGGGCGCGUAGGGCGCCUGCAGACGGCCCCUGCAAGGGUUCUUGUGGAGCUGAGCGCUCUGGAGCCGGGGCGCAGGCACAGCAGAAAAGAGGGUCCUUGUGGGAGCUGGGGGUGAUCAGCUACCCACCAGGGUGACUGGGGCUCCACAGCGUGGUAGCCACCCCUGGGGGGUGAGAGACUUUGGGGGAGUUGGUGCCCCGCCCCCAGGCCUUGGUAGGGUCAUGGGGGGCCCCCAUUUUGGGCCAGGGGGUGUGCAAGUCGGGGCCCUACUGCUGCUGGGUUUUGCGGGGCUGGUGUCUGGACUCAGCCUGGAGCCUGUCUACUGGAACUCGGCGAAUAAGAGGUUCCAGGCAGAGGGUGGUUACGUACUUUACCCUCAGAUCGGGGACCGGCUAGAUCUACUUUGCCCCCGGGCCCGGCCUCCUGGCCCCCACUCCUCUCCCAGUUAUGAAUUCUACAAGCUGUACCUGGUAGGAGGUGCCCAGGGUCGGCGCUGUGAGGCACCCCCUGCCCCAAACCUUCUUCUCACAUGUGACCGGCCAGACCUGGACCUCCGCUUCACCAUCAAGUUCCAAGAAUACAGCCCUAACCUCUGGGGCCACGAGUUCCGGUCCCACCACGAUUACUACAUAAUUGCCACAUCCGAUGGGACCCGGGAAGGCCUGGAGAGCUUGCAGGGAGGCGUGUGCUUAACCAGAGGCAUGAGGGUGCUUCUGCGAGUGGGCCAAAGUCCCCGAGGAGGAGCUGUACCCCGAAAACCUGUGUCUGAAAUGCCCAUGGAGAGAGACCGAGGGGCAGCUCACAGCCUGGAGCCUGGGAAGGACAGCCUACCAGGUGACCCCAACAGCAAUGCAACCUCCCGGGGUGCUGAAGGCCCCCUGCCCCCUCCCAGCAUGCCCGCAGUGGCUGGGGCAGCAGGGGGGCUGGCGCUGCUCUUGCUGGGCGUGGCAGGGGCUGGGGGUGCCAUGUGUUGGCGGAGACGGCGGGCCAAGCCUUCGGAGAGUCGCCACCCUGGUCCUGGCUCCUUUGGGAGGGGAGGGUCUCUGGGCCUGGGUGGUGGAGGGGGGAUGGGACCUCGGGAGGCUGAGCCUGGGGAGCUAGGAAUAGCCCUGCGGGGUGGUGGGGCUGCAGAUCCCCCCUUCUGCCCCCACUAUGAGAAGGUGAGUGGUGACUAUGGGCACCCUGUGUACAUUGUACAGGAUGGCCCUCCUCAGAGCCCUCCAAACAUCUACUACAAGGUAUGAGGGCUCCUCCCUCCUGGCUUUCCUCAAUCCAGCCCUCCAUGGGGUGCUCCUCCAGUUUAAUUCAUGGGAUGAGGGGCACCUGCGCCAUAACCUUGGCCCCCUUUGCCCCACCAGCUCCUUGGUUCCUCCUGGCUAUAGCCCUCGUCCGUCCGCAGUUUUAGGAUCCCUUAAGACUUGACUCCACCUCUUCCUGCCCCCUCCCCCCCCGGACGGCUGUGGGCACUCCUCUGGUCUCUGCCUCUUGGGGAAGGGGGCACAGGCUCAGCCUCCUUUAACCAUGACACAGGUGUCCUGUUCCCUCGCCCACCCAGAGUAGGGCUGGGGACUGUCUGUCUUUUGGUUGGCACCUCUUUCUGCCUCUCACAGUUUUUCUCUUUCUCUAUCUCUUAUUCUCUCUCUCCUGUCUCUAGGUCUGUUCUCUCCCUCUUCCCUACCACCCUGCUCCUUACAUCUCCUUUACCCUCUUGGCUUCUUGUCCUGUGCCUCUCACACGUGUCCUGGGUUGGGGCAUCAAAGCAUCUCUCCCCUCGGCUCUUGGCCCUUCCCAACUUUUCAUAUUAACUGCCCCCCUCAGUCUACCCAAAACGGGGGCUUUUGGGGGAAAAUUCUGGCUCCGGGCACAGGGCCUCUUUCCCUGCCCUUCUGUGUACUUACUCCAGCCAUUUGGGGUGGUUGGGUGACAACCACUACCGUGAGAAGAAGUGUCCUGUUGUGUCCAGUGGCUGAUAGCAAGAUGCGAACCAGUGGGGACUUUAUGGACUUGAUCUGAUGCCCGGGUGGGCAUCAGAUGGGAAGUGACUCGCUCCAGACAAGAAGUGACCAGGCCUGGACAGAAAUGGCCUGGAAGGUGGCAGAGGAGUGCAGCAGGAACUGGAAGUGCCUUCAUCCAGGACAGGAAGUCGCACUCCUGAAAUAGGAAGUGGUCUGGCUGGAAUUCCAAGUGGCUUAGUCUGGGGAGGUUGUGGGGGUGGGCGUGGGGGCAUGGGAAGUGGAUGGUUCUUACCCUGUGGAGAAAGGGGCAGGAGGAACUUCCUGUUUUAGGAGGAAGCUGGAACUUACCACUGUGAGAGGACAGAUGUGGACUGAGGAUUUUCUUAGUAUUCAGUGGCACUUCCCAGGACCUGCCUUCCCUUGUGCUCUGUGCGGUUUUUAGGACAGCUAAGAUGCCUGCCACCAGCUGUGGCAGGCCCAAUUUGUCGUGUUCUCCCUUACUGUACCCCAGUAUAUCGCUGUUGAUCAACAGGACUACCCCAAAAAC